AUGGAAGGGUUCGAAUUGUUCAGACAAGGUGCCGAGGGCCGAAUCUUCAAAGGAGUGUAUUUGGGAAAACCCGCAAUUGCCAAAGAACGAUUCGUUAAGAAAUACCGGCAUCCGGAUCUUGACUCACACUUGACCAAAGAACGGAUAAAAAGUGAAAGUCGUUCAAUAAUUCGGUGUAAAUCUGCCGGAAUAAGGACCCCCGCCUUAUAUUUAGUUGAUUUCAACCGCCGUACUAUUUUUAUGGAGUACUUUGAGAACAGUAUCGUGGUCAAGGAUUUCAUAGCACAAGCAAGUAACGAAGUUAUAAGUAAGUUGGCGUUAAAAAUUGGGGCUGUGUUGGGCAAAAUGCAUGCCAAUAGCAUCAUUCACGGGGACUUGACAACAUCAAACAUGCUACUUGUUAAUAAAAACGGACAAAAGUCGUACAGUAACUUGCAAGAUUUAGAGCUGAUUUUUAUUGAUUUUGGAUUAUCUCACGUAGAGUCUAGCGCUGAAGAUAAAGGGGUUGAUUUGUACGUGUUGGAACGAGCCCUUAUCAGUACACAUAGCACAGCUAGUGAAAUUUUUGACCAAGUUUUGGAGGGCUAUAAAUUAGAGAAUAAGUCAGGGUUUAAGGAAGUUUUGGCUAAAUUUAAAGAAGUGCAAGCUAGGGGCCGGAAGCGUACAAUGGUUGGUUGA